AUGUGGAACUGUGAAUGGCCCAUCGAUGAGGAUUGGGAUAUUACACUCGGUAAACCAUAUCGCAUUGCGUUAAUAACCGACCCACAGAUAAUCGACGAGUAUUCAUAUGGACGCCAUGGGAUUCUUCAAUGGUGUUCUGAAACUUUUCCGGACUUUUACAUGCAAAAAAACUGGAAAAAUUUGCAACGGCAAUUAAAUCCAGAUGCGAUUUUUGUGUUGGGUGAUUUGAUGGAUGGCGGGCGAGAAUGGGACGAUAACAAAUGGAGUAAAGAGGCUGAUAGAUAUCGACAGCUUUUUACGCCGAUUAAUUUGAUGAAAACUCCAAUUUAUUAUUUGGCUGGAAAUCAUGAUAUAGGAUUCGGAAAUAAAAUAGUUCCAAUGGCAUAUGCUAGAUUCCGUAAAUUAUAUGGAAAGACAAAUUACGUUGUUUCUCUCGGGAAUCACACUAUUGUUGUUGUUGAUACAGUAACUUUGAGUGGUGAUAACGAAGCUUUGAAAACUGAAGCAACAAAUUUGAUCGAAUCUCUAUCAAAAGAAGAAGCCAAACCUCCCAGGAUCUUAAUGACCCAUGUACCACUUUAUCGUCCUCCACAAACGGAUUGUGGUCCACUUCGCCAGAAUAAUCGUUAUAUCGAGCAAGGAGCCGGAUAUCAAUAUCAAAACUUGGUUGAAGAAUCUUUGACACGGUUUAUUUUGAAUGGGGUGAAGCCCAAGUUGAUAUUUAGUGGAGAUGAUCACGAUUAUUGUGAAGUUCAACAUCCAGUCGGGGAGAAUGAUAAUAGCGAAAGUUAUAAUGUUACGGAGGUGACUGUGAAUAGUUUUAGUUUUGCAAUGGGAAUACCUAAGCCAGGAUUUGCACUUCUCACUCUCUACAAUCCCACCGAGGCAAUUCAAUCAAAAAAAUCAACGUCGUCGACGUUUUCAUAUUCCCAGUGUCUUCUUCCAAACCAACUAUCGAUCUACUUUAAAUACAUUUACCUUGCCCUCGGCACCUUAUUCUUCAUCUUUAUACAAACCUUAUUUCGAUUCAGACGAAUGCGCACAAUUCAAUUACCUGUAACACGGCAAUUUCGCAGAAAACAAUCUGGAAUCUUGCAAAAUUCCAUGUUUUGGAAAGUGUUCUUCAGACAGUUUGGGUGGGUGGUUGUUUGGGGUGUCGUGACUUUUUUGUCUUGA